CUCCCCCCAGGGACUCUAUUCAAAGUUCAAAAGCCCCUCUCCCACUUUUCACCUCUUUCUCUCUCUAGGGCUCACCAUUACAGAGCUCUUCAAUGCUUCAGCUUGGCUUGGAUGCUACUACGUCUUUGGGCCUGUUUGUUACUUCUUUGAAGUCAUGGUUGGAGGCAACUAAGUUGAACAAGGCAAAAGAAACUUCUAGAAAUUGGGCAUGGAUCAAUCUGAAGAGCAGCAGCAACAGCCAGUGACAGGAGCAAGUGCAGAUCAAGUGUCCUACUCAACCCCCUACCAAACUGGACCCAUGGUGGUGUCAGGUGCCCCUGCAGUAGCAGUCACUUCAACCCAGCCAGCGGCUGCCUUCUCUGCUUCUCAACACCAACUUGCAUACCAGCAGGCUCAGCACUUCCACCAUCAACAGCAACAGCAGCAACAUCAACAACUUCAGGUUUUCUGGGGCAAUCAGAUCCAAGAGAUCGAGCAAACAACCGACUUCAAGAACCACAGCCUCCCGCUUGCUCGGAUCAAGAAGAUAAUGAAGGCUGAUGAGGAUGUCCGGAUGAUAUCAGCUGAGGCUCCGGUUGUAUUUGCAAAGGCCUGCGAGAUGUUCAUCUUGGAAUUAACACUGCGAUCAUGGAUCCAUACAGAGGAGAACAAGCGACGAACACUGCAGAAGAAUGACAUUGCUGCUGCCAUAACGAGGACCGACAUAUUUGACUUUUUGGUUGACAUUGUUCCAAGGGAAGAGUUGAAGGAGGAAGGACUUGGGAUUCCUCGGGUACCCGCAGUUGGUGCCCCAGCAGAUUCUAUCCCAUACUACUAUGUGCCUCCACCUCACCAAGUGGGUGCCCCAGCAGCAGCGCUGUAUGCUUCCCAGCCUCACCCACCUGUGCCAUAUGUGCCUAGUAUCCCAUGGCCUCACCCUCCGCAGCAGCAACAAACUCAGCAAUCUCAACAGCAGCAAACCAAUGCCUGAUGGCGCCUGGGGUAAGGGCUGUUUCAAGGUUCUGCCCAUGCUGUUUAGUUAUAACUAGUAGUAAGUGAUUUAUGUCAAAUGUACAAGGCUUGUGGUAAGUUUGUUUUUCCUGGUAAUCUUGGGACAGGUGUUAGUGGUGUGUAUUAUGCCUUAGUCAUGGUAUAAUUAUUAUCUGUUUUAGACUUGUAGUGGCAGGAUUUAGUAUUUAGUAAUACUUGGUUUUAUGCUAAGAUCUGAGUGGCAAUUUUC